CAUAUUUUUUUUUGAUCGGAAGAUCGUUUUCACUUUUUGUGCUUCAGUGGAUUAUUUAAUUAUUGGAACAUUUUGAAUAUUGUGCCUGUGAGGAAGUGUGGAUGUCAAAUUGUUCAUUUUGUGUUCAGAAAUGAGAAUCAAAUACAUCUAAGCAGACAUACAGGAUUGAAUGGGAAAUACUACUAUGCUUAAAUGAAUAAAGAUUGCCAUUGGAUCUUUCUCCUGUUGAUUACAACAAACGUAGCAACACUUGCAUUAUGCGUGGGCUACAACAACGAAGGGAGGCUAUCAUUACAGAAACAGAAAGUUUCUCUGCGUCCGUUACUUAAUGACGAAUACACGCCUCCUAUCCCCGUUCUCCAAUCUACGCAAUACAGAAAUGCAAGACAUAACGACCGUGCUGGAUCCGAAGAAAGCCAAGACAUUUCAGUGAACAGGAGAUCAUGGAUUCCACUAAUAUAUGCUGAUGAGUUUCCUUCUACCGCUCGUGAAAUGUGGGUGCAGCCUGUGAGCUACAGAGGACGGUUUUCAGUUAAGGCUAGCUCACCAGUUACUGUCACGAAAAGACCAGAAACAUUCGACAUACCACUCAGAAAGAGUAUACGUGUCUCACACAACGCACCCAGAGAACCAUCCAUUCAUACAACUGGUUACAUAAAAGAAGUUGUCGCCAAAGAAGUUCCUGUUCACAGAUUCACGCCAAGACCAAAGUAUACUAUAUUAGUGGAUAACGUUAAACACACAACAACUCAGUCAACCGUGAAUGUUACAACGUUUGAGGACGGCUGGAGACCUAAGCGGAUUACAACUUUAAUGCCAAAUGUGAAACCAACGAAAGCGAGUCGUAGGUUAAAACCAAUACCUUUCACUCAAUUUUCUGAUUCAAAGAACAUUGAAGAAGGUGAAAAAUAUAUUGCGGAAAGGCCACCAUUCAAUAAAGAAAGUAUUAAAUCCCACACAUUUGAUUCAGAUUUCACUCAUGAUAAACAAACGAAUCCAUCUUAUGGUGCAGAUGGUGCUUUCCCAGAUUUUGGUGGUAAAAAUUCAGAUGGAAAAGAUCCUUAUUUUGUGCCGUCGGUUAUUUAUUCUAACAAAGAAAACGACGGUGACGAUGCAUUAAUCUCUGAUUUGAAUCACCUCAACCAUAAAAUAUCAGGUUCUGGUUUUAAAAGCGCCAUACCAAAGGAUAAUUCCAAAGCCUUACUGACCAAGAUAAAAUGA